AAGGUAUCCAUCCUUUAUCAAUAUUCUCUCUUAUAAUCAUAGUUUUUGAACUACUAAUUACAUUCAAAACAAAUAUAAUAUAAAAUGUCCGGUAGAGGAAAAGGUGGAAAAGGUUUAGGAAAAGGUGGUGCCAAGAGACACAGAAAGAUCUUGAGAGAUAACAUUCAAGGUAUUACCAAGCCAGCUAUCAGAAGAUUGGCCAGAAGAGGUGGUGUCAAGCGUAUUUCUGCUCUUAUCUACGAAGAAGUCAGAGGUGUCUUGAAGUCCUUCUUGGAAAACGUUAUCAGAGAUGCUGUUACUUACACUGAGCACGCUAAGAGAAAGACCGUUACUUCUUUGGACGUUGUUUACGCCUUAAAGAGACAAGGUAGAACCUUGUACGGUUUCGGUGGUUAAAUCUGCUGUAUCGUUUUGUACUUCUAUUUCUAGUGGCUUUGCCUUAUUGUAUAUUAGAAUAAUUGAUAUUAUUUGAGUGAAAAAAAA